UUGGACACACUCCGUGGCGGUUGUGCAGGCGGAAGAAAUCGACGGGCUUUUUGGUGUCAGUGAGUGAGUGAGCAGAGUGUGCAGGAAACAAAGUGCAUUCGAAAAGAAGUAAAAAUUAGUGACAAAAGGGUGAAACCCAGUGGUAAAAGUUACCCGCAGCGGCGACAAGUGCCUGAUAAUCGUUCAUUCAUCGCAAACAAAAGACUCUGGCAACGAACUCGGUGAACUCUUCGCGCCAGUCCGUUACUAAUUAAGGCCAACUUAGCGUGGGCCAUCGUCUGCCGCAGUCGGAUUAAUUCACAGCUCAACGUAUUCGCAAGCCAAAUAUAAACAAAGUAUACCCAUAUAGCCAACGCAUUUAGAGAAGUCAUUAACAACAACGGCCAACGGCCAAGUGGCAACGUGCAACGUCAACAAAAUGAUCUUAAGAAUACUCGUGGUGUCCCUGCUGUCGGUGGCGCAUGCGCAAUAUCAUCAGUUUGGCGAACAGCUCCAGACGGCCCACGGCUCCGAUUGUGCACUUCUGUUGGCCGGACCCGGUCGCUCCUCCGUCUAUGACUACAACGUGAAUCUAUUCCGCGGCACUUUGAACCCCUACAACAAUGGACCGGGCACUUGCAUCACAUACGAUGCCAUCAAUGCGGCCUACUUGGAUGCACGCAAACGUAUACAUGUGGCUCAACCGAAAUCCGACUGGAAGCCGGAGGAACUGGCCACCGUGGGCGAACUGCUGCUCGACAUUUCCAUUCAAUUGGCCCGAACGUAUGGCUUGUCGUAUGAAGAAAUCGAAAAGGGAUUACCCACGAUUGAUACCUCGAAAACUCUGAUUCGAGAGGUGUGUCCACCCUUUUUCGCUGGAGUGGAGUGUCGACCUGGAAAAUACCGUCGAUUCGAUGGACUUUGCAACAACAUCGAGCAUCCAACUUGGGGAGCAGCGAAUGCUCCAUUCCAACGCCUGAUUGGGCCACUAUACUCGGACGGAAUUAAUGCUCCCAGGAUAUCGGUAACUGGUCGAGAUCUUCCCUUCUCCCGAGUUGUUUCCCGUACGAUGCAUCCCGAUGAUGGAUUCCACGAUCAUGCGGGCACCGUGAUGGUCAUCGCCUGGGGACAAUUCAUGGAUCACGACUUCACCCUCACGGGAACUCCUCUGGAUCCAAUUAACCGCAAUGACCCCGAGGAGUGCUGCAAGAGACCGCUGCACCUGAAGCAUCCUUAUUGUAAUGAAAUCCGCAUUCCCGAUGAUGAUUACUUCUACCGUUUGUUUAAUGUCAAGUGCAUUGAUUUCGUGCGAGGAUUCCCCUCUCCUCGUCCAGGUUGCAAAUUGGGUUCCCGUCAGCAAUUCAACACAUUAACCGGGGUCAUUGAUGCCAACACAGUUUACGGCGUGAAGGAAGCAUUCGCCAGGAAGCUAAGGACUGGUUAUGGGGGACUGAUGCGUAUGAAUCCCGUGUUUCAGGAAUACGGCCUGAAGGAUCUGCUGCCCCUGAAGCUGGAUAUUCCAGAUGAAGGAUGCACGCGUCCCAACAAGAGCAUGUACUGUUUCGAGGGAGGCGAAAUUCGAGUGAACGAGCAACUGGUGCUCACCUGCAUGCACACCUUGAUGGCCCGUGAACACAAUCGAUUGGCCACCGGAUUGUCGCAGAUCAACAAGCACUGGGAUGAUGAGACCUUGUUCCAGGAAGCCAGACGCAUCAAUAUCGCCAUUGUGCAACACGUCACCUUCAACGAAUUCUUGCCCAUUUUGUUGGGGAAGGAAGUGAUGGAGAAGUUUGGCUUGGUUCUCCAGAAAGACGGCUACUGGGAUGGCUACGAUCAUACAGUGAAUCCCGGCAUUAUUGACUCUUUCGCCGGAGCUGCUUUCCGUUUUGGUCACUCCCUACUGCCAACUGCAGUGGAACGUUGGUCCAAGGCCCACAAGUUCAUUGCCUCGAAACGUCUGUCGGAUUUGAUUAGGAGGCCUUAUGAUCUUUACCGUGCUGGAGUCCUGGAUGAGUACUUCAUGGGUCUGAUGAACCAGGUGGCCCAGGCUAUGGAUGACUCAAUUACUCAGGAGGUUACCAAUCAUCUCUUCAAGAAAGAGGGUGCCAGAUUCGGAAUGGAUCUGGUGUCCUUUAAUAUGCAGCGAGGUCGGGAGUUCGGUAUUCCCGGUUACAUGGAGUUCCGGAAAUUCUGCGGACUGCCAACCUCAAAUACUUGGGAUGAGAUGUAUGGAUCCAUGCCAAAUGAGACUGUACUGCGAUAUGGCAGUAUAUUUGAACACCCUGCUGACAUUGAUCUUUGGUCUGGCGGUGUUUCUGAGAAGUCACUUCCUGGCUCGAUGUUGGGACCCACUUUCGCCUGUGUUAUUGCCACCCAGAUGAGUUACUUGCGACGUGGCGAUCGUUUCUGGUAUGAGCUGCCCAAUCAGCCCUCAUCAUUCACACCCGAGCAGCUUCAGGAAAUUCGCAAGGCGAAACUCUCCCGUUUGAUUUGCGACAACACCGAUUUGAUUGAUACUGUGCAGAUAUAUCCCAUGGUAUUGCCGGAUCAUGAAAUUAAUCCACGUGUUCCCUGCAAGAGCGGUAUCAUUCCCUCUAUCGAUCUGACUAAAUGGGCGGAUUAUGGCGGUCAUGGCGUGGAUCCUUCUCUCUAUAACUACAUCAAUGAAAUACCCGAUACGUUGCUGAACUUUAGGAAGUAAUUGCCAUUUGUGUUUUUCACGUUUUGUUGAACAAUCUCGAUUCAUUUUUUGGACUCCACAUCUGUACCUUCUGCCUUCUAUAGUUCUAUAUCCUUCCUCUUCUCACCGCUUAGUCUCUUAACUAGUCUUUGCCCACACAUCCGCGUUUCUAUAGCCAGUCAGUAGUUUUGACACUGUCAUUCUCUUCAGAGCUCUUUCCAGCAUUUCCGUGCAUGAAACCCAUUCAUUCUCUGUAUAUAUUAUUAUUAAAUAGCAGAAAUAGAGCGAAUAAGUUAAAGCAUAUCGAAGCAAUCGGAAAAUCGAUAAAGAAACGGAAAUAAUUUUAUAAAGAAAUCUCGAUGUAAGUUUUUGUAUAUGCAAGUAAUUUUUAAAUAAAAUUUAAAAACAAAUUUUA